AUGCACUUGAUGCCGUUCGCCGUAGCUGGCGGUAUUGCCAUAACUUCCUUUUCGUCAGGGCCCUCGAAGACCGCUACUAGUGCGCUUGUACCUCCAGAAUCUGCAACAACGACUCCACCAGGUGUUUUUUCGAUGCCCAUGCCUAGACUAUCUUUGCACAUGGGUCACGGUCCUGUUGUCUUUUCACGAACCAGUGCGACAUUGCCAACAUAUACAUCUACCCCGACCGUUGUCGAACGUGGAACCGAUUUCUCCCUCGAAUCAACAAGCCGUGAGAUAUAG